UUUUUUGCGAUGCAAUAGCCGCCUCGGAAAGCGAGACUGAGAAGAUUUUUAGAUAAGGAAAAAGGCUACCGAACUGGUUGCUACGCAUUGAGGGUAUGGCCAUGAUUGGUUCAAGAUUGGCCUUUUAGAUCCACCUUCUUCGCCAUUGAGACACGAACAGUCAUCAUCUCAGGAGUCCAUCAACUCAUCAUUGAGGGUCAUGGAAUACAGGACCAGACCGGUUAAGCCGAUUCAGUGCAUAAAGAAUGGCAUUUCAGCUCAAUGACUUCACUGACAAUCGAAAGAUUUGUCAACGCAUACGGAGUGAGUGCAGACUAAUACGUACCUUAGUAACUAUGAGUAAAGGGUAGUGGGGGGACUGGCGGGGCAUUUCAGUCUCGGGCGGUCUUCUUGAUAAUACAGCACACCAAAGCCCUCACCAAUCGAAAAGUUUCGGUAUCCUUCUGGUUUGGAUCACCAUAGGUGCCUCUCACGGCCCGUGGGACGCCAUUUCCGAAGCAGCCAUAUAUUAACCGCCACAUGCGCCUGCCCCUCGCUCCUUCUCCUAACUUUCCACAUCCCACAAUUUAUAAAUAAAUACCUUUUUCCCAUCCACAACUAUCUAUUCUUUUCAAUCACCAACCAAUAUACCACACCAAACCAACCAAUAUGUCUGGAAUCAAGGCUGGUGACAGCUUCCCCUCCGACGUUGUCUUCUCCUACAUCCCCUACACCCCCGAGGCUCAGGAGUUUAACGCUUGCGGUAUCCCCAUCAACUACAACGCCUCUAAGGAGUGGGCCGACAAGAAGGUCAUCCUCUUCGCUCUUCCCGGUGCUUUCACCCCAGUCUGCUCUGCUCGCCACGUCCCCGAGUACCAGGAGAAGCUCCCAGAGAUCCGCGAGAAGGGUGUCGAUGUCGUCGCUGUCCUUGCUUACAACGAUGCCUACGUCAUGAGCGCCUGGGCUAAGGCCAACAACGUUAAGAACGAUGACAUCCUUUUCCUUUCCGACCCUGAUGCCAAGUUCUCCAAGAGCAUCGGCUGGGCUGAUGAGGAGGGCCGCACCAAGCGCUACGCCAUCGUCAUUGACCACGGCAAGGUCACCUACGCUGCUCUUGAGCCCGCCAAGAACCACCUUGAAUUCUCGAGGGCCGAGACCGUCAUCAAGCACCUGUAAAUGCGUCCACAGCAGCACUAAUAUGACGAUAGUUUAAUAGAGGCCGCUGGUGUACCAGUGGUGGGGUUAAUGUUUUUAGAAUUAGACAACCCACUUUAGAAAUACAAUAAAUAACGAAGCUUAUGAAAACAUGAACAUUGUUCCUUGUCCGUAGUAUGAUGUCAGUCAAUAACCUUGAGUCGUGUAGUCGAACUAGCUAGUUCUAUUACCCCGGUCUCCAAAAGAUCUACGUUGAGAUCAAAGCGUCGUUGGGACUUUUUCCUUGUCUUCGCUGUCUAUCAUUGGUGUGGUGCCUUGGGUGGCUUUCGGCCGGGAAGAGUGACGCGCUAAAGCUUUCCCGAGCACCUUGCCUUACAAUUUUAAUCCCGGGCGACAUACUAC